UGCCCCGGGCCCGGCGUGCGCGGGGCGGGCCGGGGCGGGGCCGGCGGCGGGCGCGGAGCGGCGGCGGCAGAGCGGCGGCAGCGGCGGCAGAGGCAGCAUGGAGCGGGCACAGAGGAUCUUCGGGGGACCCAAGGUUGAGCUUCACGUCCACCUGGAUGGAGCCAUCAGGCCAGAGACCAUCUUGUACUUUGGCAAGAAAAGAGGCAUCCCUCUCCCUGGGAAUACUGUUGAGGAGCUCAUGAAUUAUAUCAGCUAUGACACACCACUGACACUUCCCAAAUUUCUAGAGAAAUUUAAUUACUACAUGCCUGCCAUUGCGGGUGACCGUGAGGCGGUGAAGAGAAUUGCCUACGAGUUUGUGGAAACAAAAGCAAAGGAAGGAGUGGGCUACGUGGAGGUUCGGUACAGCCCUCACCUCCUGGCCAACUCUGGUGUGGCUCCCAUCCCAUGGGGACAAGCUGAGGGAGACCUCACUCCAGACGAAGUGGUUCAGCUCGUAAAUCAGGGACUGAAGGAUGGAGAAAGGGAUUUCCACAUCAAAGCCAGGUCUAUUCUAUGCUGCAUGCGCCAUAUGCCAAGCUGGUCUCCAGAGGUGGUGGAGCUCUGCAAGAAGUAUCAAAACGACUCUGUGGUGGCUGUUGACCUGGCUGGAGAUGAGACCCUGAAGGUGGAGGAUUACUCUGAGCAUAAGAAGGCUUAUGAGGAAGCUGAGAGGUGUGGCAUUCAUCGCACUGUCCAUGCUGGGGAGGCCGGCCCCGCUGCCAUGGUCAAGGAGGCAGUUUAUGUCCUGAAGGCCGAGCGUGUUGGCCAUGGAUACCACGUCGUCGAGGAUGCUGAGCUCUACAGAGAGCUGCUGAAAAUAAAGAUGCAUUUUGAGGUCUGCCCUUGGUCCAGUUAUCUCACUGGAGCAUGUUCUCCGGACUUCACCAAACACCCCGUGAUACAAUUUAAGAAGGAUCGUGCCAACUAUUCUCUAAACACCGAUGACCCCCUCAUCUUCAACUCCACCAUUGACAAGGACUAUGGCAUUGUGAAGGAACACAUGGGAUUCACUGAGGAGGAGUUCAAGAGAGUUAACAUCAACGCAGCCCAGUCCAGCUUCUUACCUGAGAAGGAAAAGCAGGAGCUGCUCAACAAGCUGUAUGAAGCCUAUGGGAUGGUCCCCAACGCAUCGUGACCCGUCCCUGGAGCCAGCCUGGAGCAGGGCCCUUCUUCACAGUGCCUGACUCUCCUCUGUGCCAGUGGGAGCACUGGCAGGAGGUGCCCAGAGUCAGUCUCUAUUCCUGGCAGCCCUGUGUUGACCCUUAGAGUGCUCAUCAGAAUCAGAGUAUCACAUACGCCUGCUUGUACCCCACAGCCUCUCUCCUGAAUGGAUAUCCAGCUUCCUACCCUGCUGCUGUGCAAGCAGACUGGAUCUGCCUGCUGGCCUGACUCCCUCCUCCAUCUGCUGGUGUUUCUGCACUGCAAAUGCAAACAGAAGAACCUCCCCUACAUUUUUCACCCUCCUCUUUCCCUGUUUUACCUGUCCUGCCCCACUGACCUGCCUGGCCCUUGCCUGCAGUGCUGAAAUAACCACUUUCAACUCUGUGGCCUGGGUUAAUCUUCACCUUUCCAGGGAAGAGGUGUGCUGGUGCUGGCAGGGAGCUAGCAGCCUUUUCAGACACAGAGGCUUUAUUCUUGACCCUGUGGGUGGAAGGGUUUGGUCACAGCUAUAUUUACCCAGGGUUAGUCUUGUACUAACAAGACUGGAACAAGAACAAGCUGCAGGCUGGUGCCCCUGCCCGUGCGCAGGUCCGAAGGGCAUUUAAAACAAAAUACAAUCUUUUUGGCAUCCUUUCUUGGACAAGAACUCCCAUGUAUCAGGCCUCCCAGUGUCACAGCUGCAGAAUUGCACACCUUGGGCUGAGGCCCCAGCUGUGCUCACAGCUGGCCAUGACCACCCUCACACACACAUAGGAAGCUGGAACAUAAUUUUAUCACCCCGGGCCAAAAUCUGCCUUCUGGGAUUUUCCCCACUUUUUUACUCAUCUUGGAGAACUCCUGUGAACUGCAGUUUGAUCUUCCUCUCACCUUUGUUUAGGACUUGAUAAAAAUGUGAUUGAUUGCCUGGUUUAACAAUUCUGCCCUCUUUCUGAUUUGACACAAUCAUUAGGCACUCUUAAGGAUGAACAAGUAAAUUAAGUUGGACCCAAUGUCACACAUUGACUCAGGUCCAUCUGAUUGCCUCUCUCACUCAAUUAUGACACUGGCUAGAAUUCAGGUCUUCGAUUUGGUGGAGAAUUUAUACAGAGAAACUCACCAAAAAUUCCUUAGUGAUUUUAUGGCAUUAUAGUGUUUUUACUCAAUAAGCAACAGAGCUGUGCAUCCAGAGAAGAGACCAUUGUUUUCUUACCUGAGUGUGUGGUGUGCUUUAGCAUCCCAGGGGUCUGCCAAGAUGCUCACUCCAAAGAUACUGUACCAAAAAGUUGCCUUUGACAAGGGGCCAUGGUCACCAUUGCCACGGACAGACCAUGGACUGGUCCAGUCUCUGCCAGCAGUGAUGGUGUGCUGGGAGUAUUCCCAUUCUUUCUGGGCUUCCAUAUUGGUCUUCAGAGUACAAUACUCAUCUCUGAAGUAUGUGGUGCAUAUAUACACAUAGAUAAGAUAAAUGAAGAUGAGAGAGUGAUUUUCUUACUUUUAUAAAGCAAAAGAUAAAGUAUCACUUUUAGGGACAUGAUUGUGGUAAGAAACAGGCCUUUUUUGGGUCAUUUUUCUCCAAAAAUUAUUUCUGAAGAAGAGUUGCUUAUUUGGAUUCUGGACAGUUGAUUGUUAAUCCUGUUCAAUAAAAUAACAAAUUUAUAUUAAAAGAGAAA